AUGAUCCGGAUCUUCCCGGAUUUCAGCGUGCAGGUGACUGCGGCUGCGGCCGGCGGAGCGGCCGGGGGAGUGCCGGCCGGACCGGGCAUGGGGAGAGCCAGCACUGCAGCCAACGGGAACCCUCAAAACGUCCAGGGCAUCACUUCCUAUCAACAACGAAUAACUGUCCAGCAUCCUCUGCCCAACCAAUCAGAAUGUAGGAAAAUCUACAGAUAUGACGGAAUCUACUGUGAAUCUACCUACCAGAAUUUACAAGCCUUGAGAAAAGAAAAGUCCCGAGAUGCUGCUCGUUCUCGCCGAGGAAAGGAAAAUUUUGAGUUCUACGAGCUGGCCAAAUUGUUGCCACUCCCUGCAGCCAUUACCAGCCAGCUUGACAAGGCAUCCAUCAUUCGGCUAACAAUUAGCUAUUUGAAGAUGAGGGACUUUGCUAAUCAGGGGGAUCCUCCGUGGAACUUGAGAAUGGAAGGACCACCACCAAACACAUCUGUAAAAGUUAUAGGUGCCCAGCGCAGGAGAAGUCCCAGUGCACUUGCCACUGAAGUAUUUGAGUCACAUUUGGGAAGUCACAUUUUACAGUCCCUGGAUGGAUUUGUAUUUGCACUAAACCAAGAGGGAAAGUUUUUGUACAUUUCGGAAACAGUCUCCAUUUAUCUAGGCCUUUCCCAAGUGGAACUGACAGGCAGCAGUGUGUUUGACUACGUCCACCCAGGAGACCAUGUGGAGAUGGCAGAGCAGCUGGGCAUGAAGCUUCCCCCGGGGCGAGGCCUUCUCUCGCAGGGAACAGCAGAGGAUGGAGCCAGCUCAGCAUCUUCAUCUUCUCAGUCGGAGACCCCUGAGCCAGUGGAAUCCACAAGCCCCAGCCUACUUACAACGGACAACAAUCUAGAGAGGUCUUUUUUCAUCCGGAUGAAAUCUACCCUGACCAAGCGAGGUGUGCACAUCAAAUCCUCAGGAUAUAAGGUGAUUCAUAUAACAGGAAGGUUACGCCUGAGAGUCUCGCUGUCCCAUGGCCGGACAGUCCCUAGCCAAAUCAUGGGGCUUGUAGUUGUUGCUCAUGCUUUGCCCCCUCCUACGAUCAAUGAAGUCAGAAUCGACUGCCACAUGUUUGUAACGCGAGUAAACAUGGACCUCAAUAUCAUAUACUGUGAAAAUAGGAUUAGUGAUUAUAUGGAUCUGACUCCUGCAGACAUCGUAGGGAAGAGAUGUUACCACUUCAUUCAUGCAGAAGAUGUGGAAGGGAUCAGGCACAGUCAUUUAGACUUGCUGAACAAGGGUCAGUGUGUAACAAAAUACUACCGCUGGAUGCAGAAGAAUGGGGGUUAUAUUUGGAUACAGUCUAGCGCUACCAUCGCUAUCAACGCUAAGAAUGCAAAUGAGAAAAACAUCAUCUGGGUCAAUUACCUUCUGAGCAACCCUGAAUAUAAGGACACUCCAAUGGAUAUUGCACAACUUCCUCAUCUGCCAGAGAAAACCUCAGAAUCCUCUGAGACUUCAGAUUCUGAAUCAGACUCAAAGGACAACUCAGAAGACAAUGAAAAUUCAAAGUCAGAUGAUAAAGGAAACCAGUCAGAAAACAGCGAAGACCCUGAGUCAGAUAGGAAAAAGUCCGGGAAUCAGUCAGAUAAUGAAAUGAACUGUAAUGACGAUGGGAACAGCUCCAGCAACCAGGAUAGCAGAGACAGUGAUGACAGCUUUGAAAAUUCUGACUUUGAGAAUCAAAAGGCCCCUGAGGAUAGUUUUGGCACUCUGGGUUCUAUGCAGAUAAAGGUGGAGCGCUACGUGGAGAGUGAAUCAGACUUGCGGUUACAGAACUGUGAAUCAUUGACUUCAGACAGUGCCAAGGAUUCGGACAGUGCAGGAGAAGGAAAUGCUCAGUCUUCCAGUAAACAUCAAAAGAGGAAGAAGAGGAGGAAAAAGCAAAAAGGAGGCAGCAUGACCCGCAGAAGGCUGUCAAGCACAUCAAGCCCCAAUGGACUUGACUCAGCGUUGGUGGAUCAGCCCCAGCUGCUCUCAUCGCCAAACAGUGCCUCAGUGCUCAAAAUCAAAACAGAGAUAUCCGAACCUAUCAAUUUUGAUAAUGACAGCAGUAUUUGGAAUUACCCACCCAACAGGGAAAUCUCAAGGAAUGAAUCGCCCUACAGUAUGACCAAGCCCCCAAACUCAGAGCACUUCCCCUCACCCCAAGCCAGCAGUAGUUUACAUGUCUCCAUUCCAGACUCUGUUCUCACCCCACCAGGGACUGAAAACACUGCCAGCCGCAAAUCUCAGUUCAGCACCUCAUCUAACUCAGCCUUGGCUCCUGUAUCCUCUGACCCUUUAUCACCACCAUUGUCAGCAUCUCCACGGGACAAGCAUCCAGGAGGCCCCAGCACUUCCAACUCUUUGUUGUACACUGGGGAUCUGGAAGCCCUGCAGAGGUUGCAAGCAGGCAAUGUGGUCCUUCCUUUGGUUCACAGGGUAACUGGAACCCUUGCUGCCACCAGCACAGCUGCUCAGAGGGUCUAUACCACUGGCACUAUUCGGUAUGCUCCAGCUGAAGUUACUUUAGCCAUGCAGGGCAAUCUCCUCCCCAAUACUCAUGCUGUUAACUUUGUGGAUGUUAACAGCCCCAGCUUUGGUCUAGACCCUAAAACACCAAUGGAAAUGCUCUACCACCAUGUUCACCGACUCAAUAUGUCAGGACCAUUUGGAAGUGCUGUGAGCGCGGCCAGUCUGACCCAAAUGCCUGCAGGGAAUGUGUUCACAACUGCCGAAGGACUCUUCUCUACUCUUCCAUUUCCUGUGUACAGCAAUGGUAUUCAUGCCACACAGACACUGGAACGGAAAGAGGAUUGAAAUAUGACCACAUACUGUGUUCAGUGUUAUACUCUGAGGCAUAGACUAUAUUUUAAUUUAGACCUUUAAUUCUAGCACUUUGAAUUUGAGCAGGUCAGCUUAUUCUCUCAAUAUGAUGGUCCCCAUUUCAUCCCCUUUCUCUUUAACUUGACUUAUUCUUUAACGUAAAAGAUUUUUUUAAAUUUUUUGCCUUCAGAGGGCUGAAGUACCAGUUGCCUGCCAUUUUGUCUUCUUCCAAGAUGUGUAUUUUUUUCCUUUGCAUCUUUAUUAAGAUGCCUUUAAUAUGUGUAUGCCUCUGCCAUAGAAUACUCAGUGUUGUGGUAAAGAGAUUUUAAUGUGACA